UUCUUUCUUUCUUUCUUUCUUUCUUUCUUUCUUUCUUUCUUUCUUAGACAGGAUUUCACUAUCUCUACCUAACUGGACUGUAGACCCAGUCUCAAACUCCAAGUGAUCCUCCUAUUGCUGAGAUAAGUGUUAUGCCCAGUUCACGAGACCCCCCAAGACACCACCAGGGACCCCAAAUCAGAUGCAAGUACAUGACAGUCUUUAUUCAAGCUUGAGCUUGGGCCACAAACCUUCCUGAUGGAACAGGAGAGUGACCCCCAGCUCUAGGUGAAGGGGGGUUAUGAAAGAAAAAAUGGCAACCGUGAGUUUCAAAGCCUUGGCAUUACAUGAGAGGGUAAAGGAAUGUUGGUCUCUUUCCCAGAGCCCAAGGGUAGGGGUCACAUCACUUCAAGGACAGCGGUCAGUAGCUUUUUCCAAGGACAGCAGCUUAAAACAGAGUUUAUUCUGCUACCUCAGUCCCUUCAAAAGGUGUGCACACCACUCCUGGCCUCUGUUUUUGCUUAGAGCUAGUGUCUAACUUGCCUAGGCUGGCUUUGAACUUGCCUCUCUUCCAAGUAGCAGCUGAGACUAUAGGAGUUUGUAGUUACAGCCCCCUUGGCUAUUUACUUUCUCGUUGAAUAAAAGGCCACCUUAUACUGUUUCUUGCACUUAGCACAGGCCCUUCCUGGGCACAAAAUUGGGUUGGUGAAAUUUAGGAGUAAGGACAGGCCCUAUCCUCAUGCAAGGUACCUUCUCUUACAUCGCUGUAUCAUAAGCAGCACCAAGGCAUCUGCCCUUCACAUGACCCCGGCUCCUAAAAGAUACUUUGAUAGCUGUCACCAGGGAGAGACUGGAUUUUCUCCCUGUUUAUUGGUCAGUUUAGCACCUUGGAGAGAAGUCCUUGUUACUACCCGAGAGAACGAGAGCCCAUUGGCCAGGACACCUCACAAUGCCCUAGUAGCGCUAAGAGUUCUUGUGAUUGGCUGGCGACUAUUCUCCAAGAGCCUAUGGCCUGGAACUGAAUUUUGCUGCCUGGCACCAGGAGUCUCGGAGCUCCUUCUGACGCGGCUCCUCAUUGGCUGUCGUGGUGCAAAGCCUUGGAGAAUGUGCACCUAGUCCCGCUGGAGGGCGACCGCACCUAGAGCAAGGUCCAGAAGCUCGACGACGACGACGACGACGACGACGACGACGUUGUCGAGGUUGAGGAACGAAGAAGGCCUCUUGACCAGGAGAGGACUCAUUUUUCCCUGAAGAUCUGUUCUGUAUCUCUGCUCUUGUUUCUCUUGGAGCUCCGCAUCUCUGCCUGGACAGAAUCCUGAAAAAUUCGGAUUGAGAUCCAAACGGGAUUGGUGCAGAGCGUGAAUCCCAGAGCGAAGAUGUUCUACUAUCCUAAUGUGCUUCAGCGCCACACAGGCUGCUUUGCCACUAUCUGGCUUGCAGCAACCCGAGGCAGCCGUUUGGUGAAGCGUGAAUAUCUAAAAGUGAACGUGGUAAAGACCUGUGAGGAAAUCCUCAAAUAUGUGCUGGUAAGAGUGCAAUCUCCGACGCCAGGGCUGCCCCGGCCCCGCUUCUCCCUCUAUCUCUCUGCCCAGCUUCAGAUUGGUGUGAUAAGGGUCUACUUUCAACAGUGCCAGUACCUCGUGGAAGACAUCCAGCAUAUCCUAGAGCACCUGCACCGCGCCCAGCUGCGGAUUCGCAUCGAUAUGGAGGAGGCUGACUUACCCAACUUGCUUCUUCCAAACUGCCUGGCCAUGAUGGAGACGCUGGAAGAUGCCCCAGAGCCGUUUUUUGGGGCGAUGUCUGUGGAUCCUAGACUUCCCAGCCCUUUUGAUAUUCCUCAGAUUCGACACCUUUUAGAGGCUGCAACCCCGAAGAAAAUUCAUAAGGAGACACUUCCUGAAGCCACUCCAGAGUCCAGAAAGCCUGACAGGACCUUGGCCACCGUGCAGUCCCCUGAGGUCAUCACCCUACAGGAGGCAGAGCCCAUCCGCAUGCUGCGGAUUGAGGGAGAGCAGGAUCUCCCAGAGAUCAGUCGAGGGGACUUAGACCUGCUGAUUGCAGAGGAAGAUGAUGCCAUACUCCUAGAGGAACGGCAGAGAGGCAGGCUUCUCCGGCGGCGGAGGGCUUCACCACCACUGGAUGAAUCCAAGGAAGAACCCCGGGCCCUGGAAGGUGAUGGUUUGGUCCCCCUACUCACGCCUCCAGCUCCUGCACAGGUUGAAGGGAUACAAGAACCACUUCCAGGCCAGGUCUUCCCUCCUGAGGUACAGAAGAUGACAGGCUGGGAGCCUGGAGCACUCCUCACUGAGGUGACCCCACCUCAGGAGCUGCGUCUGCCUGCCCCACCAAGUACAGAGAGGCUCCCAUCUCUUCAGAGGGCACCUCACCGGCGCCCCCGCCGCCGCCGCAAGCUAUUAUUCUGGGACAAGGAGACCCAGAUCUCCCGGGAGAAAUUUGAGGAACAAAUGCAGACCGGGGCUCACUGCUUGGAGUAUCCAGUGGUCCAGCCUCCCAAGAGGAUGUUCACAAGCCCAGCAGAGCUCUUCAGAACCCCAACUCUCUCUGGCUGGUUAUCCCCAGAACUACGAGCUCUAUGGACCCACUGUGCCCAGGUCCCCCCAGGAAUGCUCAGAAAAAGACCACACCUGGAGCCUGAAGAGACAGUGGAGGAAGAGAGAGUGGCAGACCAGGAAGAAAGAAGAAAGACUGAAGCUCUGAGCGAGAUUGAGGUUCUGAGGGAGGCCCAGGAACCCAGCGGUCCCCUCAUGCUGUCUUCAGAGCUCUCCCUAGAAGCAGCGGAAGAGGAAAAGUCUCGUACUAGCCUCAUUCCCCCAGAAGAACGGUGGGCCUGGAUUGAGGAGGGGCAGCCUGAGCCCCCUGCACUGCCCAUGCUGCCUGAACUCCCUGAAGUGCCCAUGGAGAUGCCCCCAAGGCCUGAACUACUCUCUUCCGAGGCUGUGCUUAGGGCAGUAGCACUGGAGCUGCAGGCCAACAGGGAGCCUGACUUCAGCAGCCUGGUGCCCCCUCUCAGCCCCCGAAAGUUGGCUUCUCGGGUCUUCUAUCUGCUCUUGGUGCUGUCCGCACAGAAGAUCCUUCUUGUGGAACAACAGAAGCCAUAUGGGCGCCUCCUGAUUCAUCCUGGACCCAAAUUCCCCUGAGCAAGUUCAUUAAACCAUAUCCUGCCUUACUGGA